UAAUCUAGGGUUUUGUCUGCUCCUUCUUCUAAAGCCGCUGCGAGAGAAAGAAACUCGUCGAUUUUCACAACCAGAGCUCAGAGAGUGAUCUCGGAGUAAAUCGCAGCUAUGGCAGAAAAAGCUGUCACAAUCAGGACCAGAAACUUCAUGACCAACAGGCUUCUCGCCAGAAAGCAAUUCGUUAUUGAUGUUCUUCAUCCUGGAAGAGCCAAUGUUUCAAAGGCUGAGCUCAAGGAGAAGUUGGCGAGGAUGUACGAGGUUAAGGACCCGAAUGCUAUCUUCUGUUUCAAAUUCAGAACCCACUUUGGAGGUGGUAAAUCUUCUGGAUAUGGUUUGAUCUAUGAUUCAGUUGAGAACGCUAAGAAGUUCGAGCCUAAGUACAGACUGAUCAGGAACGGACUUGACACCAAGAUUGAGAAAUCAAGGAAACAGAUUAAGGAGAGGAAGAACAGGGCGAAGAAAAUCCGUGGUGUUAAGAAGACCAAGGCUGGUGACCCCAAGAAGAAGUAAGAUGUUUGAAGAGGACAGCUGCAGCAAUAUGGUUUUUGUCCUGCAUCAUUCCUUCUUUAUGGCCAUGUUUGCUAUUAGACAUCUUCUAAUUACUUCUCGAUUUUGUGCUUCUCAUUGUCACACUCGUUCUAUCUUGGUUUGGAUCUUGUUUUAAGUGUUAGAGAACAUGUCAAGAUUUUGUUUGAAUACAUUUAUUUUAAACUUCAACCUCUUGCGUUUGGGACAUUGAGACAAUCUUCUUGAACU